AUGGCGUUUUGUAACAUCUCUGCCGAGUCUUUAAAGAAGAAAAUAGACGAGGUUCGGAGUUUUCUUUCUGUAACACUGCGCAUAGCGAACGCUCACACAGUGGAUUUCUAUACCCGCAAUGUGUGGAACAACUUUAUGGCUGUGAGUCCUGAGGAGGUUCUAUCAGCUGUCAAUAACGCUCAUGAACACACGGCGGCGCCAGAUGUGAAGGCAAACAGUAGCUUUGGGUUCAGUGAUGUCAGUAAGAAGCUGGUGGAUGUGGAAGCUCUGCUGAGGGCCGCUGAAGCACACUCUCUGCCAGGCCUGGGAGUCUGUGUCCAUCGUCAGACACUAAUGGACACACUGAAACAGAUGAGUCUGGACCAAGAUGAAACCGUUUCAGAGGAAAUGAUACUAACUGAUGAGUUCAUGAACUCUAAGAAAGCUCAUGAGGUGCCAGCUAUGGCUGAAGUGGUAGCUGGACUAGCCAGAUGCUGCAAAGUCAAACAGGUUAUAGAUGUGGGCUCAGGUAAAGGAUACCUGUGUGCAUUUCUCUCCAUGCGGUAUGGCCUGCAGGUUUUUGGCAUUGACUCCUCCAGCACGAACACCCGCGGUGCUCAGGAGAGGAACAGGAAACUCAAGAAGUAUUCCAGAGCCUAUCAAAAGCAUGGCACAGCCGAAAGUAACCAGGAAGCCUCACAUAAACACACAGGCAGCACGGAAUUAGAUGGAAACUCAGGAAUAACCAAUCAUAAACUUCAGGACGACACAGAGCAGACACAAGAGGAGAGGGAUGCAGCGAAACAGAACUGCAUUACAGAUCUAGCAAGUAGUAUGGCUGAAGUGCAGAGCAUGGUGUCCUCAGAACUGGAAAGGGAUUCAAACAGACCCAAACAAGCACUGGAGUCGACAAAUGCUGAUUUUGAGAACCUCUUUCUUACAAUGUUAGCUGCUGAUAUCGUGGAGCCAGCUUCCACACGUGUGCAUCCCAGCCAACUGAGUACAGAGGAGCGAGAGAAGAGGAAGAGGGAGAACCUUGAGAGGAAGGCACGAGAUGGAAAAGGCAACAGUGAUAAAGGCAACCUGUACUCACCUCUGACGUCUUAUGUUACAGCAGAAACGGAGCUCAGGACUAUUAUCGAUGAGCUGGAGAAUGCAGCCAUGGUUGGUCUUCAUACAUGUGGAGACCUUGCCCCCAGCACCCUACGAAUGUUCUGUACCAAGCAGGAGUUACAAGCUGUGUGUAGUGUGGGCUGCUGCUAUCACCUCCUCUCUGAGCAGUUUGCUGAGGAUAUGCAGGAGUGUGAGAGUGGUGUGUAUGGAUUUCCAAUGAGCCAGUAUCUGUGUGAGCAGACAUGCUUCUGUGGACGGAAUGCCAGGAUGUCCGCAUGUCUUGCUCUGGAGAGAGUGUCAGUUGGAGGAGGGCUUCCUAUGGAGUCACUCUUCUAUAGAGCAGUACUUCAUGUUAUUCUGCAGGAUCACUACAAUGCCCAUAAGAGUGAAAAGCGAGUUGGGAAUGUUUAUUCUAAAGCAUCAUCAUUUGUGGACUAUGUCAGGAGAGCACUCAGAAAACUAGAACUGGAUGAAUUAAAGCUUUCAGACAGUGUGAUUCAGAGCUAUUAUGACCUCCACAUUACUAGGAUGAAUGAGAUGGUGGCCUUCAACAUGUUAAAGGUCAUUUUGGCUCCCUGUAUUGAAGGACUGAUUUUGCUGGAUCGUCUGUGUUACUUAAAGGAGCAGGGAAAUGUGUCUCACUCCGCUCUGGUCCAACUCUUCGAUCCACUCCUGUCCCCCAGAUGUUAUGCGGUCGUGGGAAUAAAGGGACAGUGCGUUUCCUAAAACUCAAGCAUAUUUUAUUUGCAUUUUUUAAAUUAUUAAUUUUUAUAUAUUUGCAAUUCUGAUGCAUCUUAACUACUCAUAAAAACUUGAAUGUUUCUGUUACAAGUAUUUAAAAUGCUCUUUUUAACAUGCAGAACAUGUGUUUUCAGUUUUUGUAACAUUGUUUUUUUUAAAUUUAUAUUUAUGCUUAUUUCUAUUUGCUUGUGCAAAUGACUAAGUAAA